UCAGUCAGUCUGCGCACGUACACUUGCUGGAUAGACCGCUUGUCCGCAGAAAUGCUGGCAGAAUACAACGACUCAGAAAAUGUUCGCUUGGAGACACUUGUUGCGAUGUUAUUUCACUCCUAGAAUCCAUGAGGAGAAGGCUGGUGUGAUUAAAUGGUUCCGUUUUGAGGUUUGGUGUCCGGUUUGGCUCGUGCCAAAGUUGUUGGUUAGCAGGGCGCGUGUGAGGGAUCGGAAUUAAAGGCGCAGGACACCCGAGGUGGAUGCAGACAUGAGCGACUUGAUCAGGGACCGCCAGUACUGUGAACUUUGUGGGAAAAUGGAGAACCUCCUCAUAUGCGGGAGGUGCCGGAGCUCCUUCUACUGCAGCAAGGAACACCAGAAACAGGACUGGAAGAAACACAAGCUCAUCUGUAAGGAAGCGGACAAGCCGCACGUCCCCAGACAGAAGCCCGAGCUGGCGCAGGAGACAGCCCAACAAACGAAGGAGCAGGCGGCUUCGAGCGGGGAGAAAACGAAAGGCUGUAUUCCCAAAGCAGAGACAUCUGAAGCCGGUGACAAAGCCCGAGAGCAGGGCUCCAAUAAUUGCACAACACCGAACGGACAGAGCAGUUUAAACCCCCAGAAACUGGCUGUGGAGUAUAUCGUCCCGUGCAUGAACAAACACGGCAUCUGUGUGGUGGACAACUUCCUCGGAGCUGAGACAGGGAUGGGUGUUGUGGAGAAUGUCAAAUCCCUGUAUAAAACGGGCAGAUUCACAGACGGACAGCUGGUCAGUAAAAAAAGCGAUUCCACCAAAGACAUCCGGGGGGACAAAAUCACGUGGGUCGAGGGGAAGGAGCCCGGCUGUGAGAACAUCCGCUUUCUGAUGAGUCGCAUGGACGACCUGAUCAGACACUGCAAUGGCAAACUGGGAAACUAUACAAUAAACGGAAGGACUAAAGCAAUGGUUGCAUGUUAUCCAGGCAAUGGGACAGGGUACGUGCGCCACGUGGAUAACCCCAAUGGUGAUGGGCGAUGUGCCACGUGCAUAUAUUACCUUAAUAAAGAUUGGAAUGCUAAGGAACAUGGCGGCGUUCUUCGAAUUUUCCCAGAGGGAAAGGCCCAGUUUGCAGACAUUGAGCCCAAAUUUGACCGUCUGCUGUUGUUCUGGUCGGACAGACGAAACCCUCAUGAGGUUCAGCCAGCCUACGCCACGAGGUAUGCCAUUACCGUGUGGUAUUUUGACGCGGAGGAGCGAGCCAGAGCGAAAGAGAAGUACUUAACAGGAAAUGGAGAGAAAGGCCUAAAGGUAGACCUGGACAAACCUUUAGAUGCCAGCUGAGGCCCCUCUGCAGACAGCUGUGAGGUGCAGCGCCCCAAGAAAGUAGCCUGUGGAGACCAUGCAUUUGCAUUUUACAUCACUUUGCAAGAGUGGGCAAAUUUUUCUUCAAAAAACACAACAAAACAAAACAAACAAAUACACAGUGAUUUCUUUCCAUUUUCAGCAAUCCUGUGCAGCCCUGUAAGACCUCGGAAGUCACAGUACUUAAAGGGAUUUUAAUUUUUUUUUCUCACACUUUUAUGGUCAAGAAAACUGUUAUUACAGCUGACUUUCAGAAAAUCAUAUCAUGCCAGAAGGAUGCUUCUCAGUAAAUUUAUUUCCCCCAGCCCCACCCUAGUAUUUUCUUCAAGGUACAGUGUUCUGCACAUGCUCCACAUGCUAACACGUUUCUCUGUGAAUCAGCUCUUAUUAGAUACUGUAUGCCAAGUCAUGCUUGUUUGCAGUAAUUUGAAGAAUGAUCUAAAUAAUAAAAAAAAACAUUCUUUUUAA